AUGUCCGGUAGUAACAGCGGUCCUUCAGCAAGCGGCCCUUCAGCAAGCGUUUAUAUAGGUGGCCGAAAGCGAAAACAUUCUUCGGUCGAGGUAGUCGCUCAAAAAAAGAUUUCAAAAACUGCGUCCGAAGCAAAAGAUAUAACUAGAGAAAUGGCAAUAACCUCCUUGCAGAAGCUUGUUAGUGGAUAUACACCGCCUCUGCAAGGUGUAUUAGGCUAUCAGCCUACAGCUAGGGGGUGGGGUCCGGCUCUAGGGAACUCUUGCGGGUGUCAACUUGCACAGAAAAGUCCAAAUCAUCCUCAUGGGUAUAUCCAAAUUACAGUCGAUCGCCCGAAGCGUGCUCGUAGCGCUAACGGUACAACGGUAGAAGAUUGGGCUCAACAAAGUGCACAUCGGUUAGUCGUUCUCGCAUAUAAAAGCCAAAAUGAAAUCGAUCUCUUGCUAGAUAAUAGUUACCAUGCGAGCCACCUAUGCGGAAAUCCGAACUGUAUCAGUCCUAGCCAUAUUUGCGUUGAAUCCAGAUCUACGAAUGAGCCCGGAAAACCUGUCAACAAGACCUAUUUUUCGCCGAAAUUAUAA